AUGGACGGCCACGUCUGUUACGUUGUCCCUCCCUAUCUCCUCCAGGGUAUUGCAGACGCCGAUUGCAAUAGCGAACCCAUCCGAAGUGCUGCCCGCAACGCCCUCCAAUUGCGCGAGGCAUUCGUUGCCCGCCGCAUCGAGCGCCUGGCUCUGCUGUCUGCGCCCGGCACCCGGCGCUCGGCGAACCGUCACGGCAUCGUCCCGGAUACCUUACUCCGGCAUAUUGCCGACAGCGACGAAGUUGACGAAGAUACCAGAGCAUGUGCCCGUCGGGAUCUAGAACAUCUGCAAAGUGUUUUGGGUCGCGUCCAACAAUCACAGCAAGCCGACGCCCAGCCCCAGAGUCUGUCAUCCUCUUCCGCCGACAAGUCCAAGGUAUACAGAGCUGUAUACGACGCCAAAAACAGCGACAACGAGGCCACCCUGCCAGGCACUGUCGUACGGGUCGAGGGCCAGAAACCGGCCAAAGACAAAGCCGUCAACGACGCCUACGACAACAUUGGCGAAGUCCUCAAGAUGUACAAGGACAAGUUCGACUGGGUCUCUAUCGACAACAAGAAUACGGACGUCGUCAGUUCCGUCCACUUCGGCAAAAAGUACGAAAACGCCUUUUGGGAUCCUGAGCGUCUCCAGAUGGUCUUCGGAGACGGCGGCGAGUUUCUGAACAACUUUACGGGUACUGUUGAUGUCAUCGGCCACGAACUGACCCACGCCGUGACCGAGAACACCAGCCCCUUGACAUACCAGGGCAUGAGCGGCGCCCUCAACGAGCACGUCUCUGAUGUAUUCGGCAUCAUGGUCAAGCAAAUCGUCGAAAAAGAGAAUGCCGAUGAAGCCGACUGGCUGGUUGGCGAAGGCUGCAUCAUGCCUGGCGUCAAGGGUGUUGCUCUGCGGAGCAUGAAGGAGCCCGGAACCGCCUACAAUGACCCCCGUUUCGGAAAGGACCCACAGCCAAAUCACUUCAAAGACUACGUCCCCACCUUUGAGGAUAACGGCGGCGUCCAUAUAUACUCAGGAAUACCCAACAAGGCUUUCUAUCUGGCCGCCAAGGCGUUCGGGGGGUUCUCAUACGAGAAGGCAGGUCCUAUCUGGUGGAAGACCAUGAACUCGGGCCGCAUUCCCGCGCGUUGCACCUUCGUCCAGUUCGCCGACGUGACUGUCGAGGUGGCAGAGGAGCUUUACGGCAACGAGGCAGGCAAGAUCGUCCGUGCUGCCUGGGACGAGGUCGGUGUCACUAGGAAGGGCAACUAG